AUGUUCGUCUCUGAUGUCGCAGCGAAAGGUCUCGUCCGUCUCUUUGCGUUGACAACGAACGGUAGCAACAAGGUGAACUCGACUGCAUCUUCAGCACUAGGAUCGGCGAAUAGUACAACCGAAGGUGCUGGAGCGAGCGCGACGAUCAUCUCCACGAAUACAGUGGGAGGGGGCGACGCGGGUGAGGCAGUAGUCGCCAGAUUGGGUGAUGACGAAACCCUAAACGUUGUGACGUCAUCAGGGGCAAACAGCGCUACAAACACGACCUCGGCAUGUGCCCCCGCGUCCUCCAUUAU